AUGGUCAUUCCGAGUGCGGCCGAGACGGCCCCUGACGUUUACAAGCUGGCCAACAAGACGGCGUUUUUGCCAACAGCUUCACCCGACGUCUAUGGAUACGAUUUGAACGACCUCGACGCAGCACAGAAGGCACUGCUGAUCCUACACCGGGAUUGGAGCCAAGAGCUGACAGAGGCAAUUGUUAAAGCGGAGGGUGACUGCACUGUCACGGUUAUUGGGGACACAGCGUACUCGUUGACGCCACUUUCGGGCGAGGGUGUCAACGUCACGCUCGAGGACGCGAUGAAGUUGGCAAGUGCCAUCAUCCACACAGCAAGCAAAAGAGGCGACCCCGACCUGCUUGACUGGGAGAUCAAGGCGUUCGAGAACGAGAUGCCCAUUCCGCAUGAAGAAAGUGCAGCGCCUGACGAAGGAGCUCAUGCGCGACUAUAUGUUCACGCCGGGUUCGCCGCGGACGACCAUCGCGAUGUCGAUAACGAGGCAUGUCAAGUCCGAGACACCGUAGGUGUUCCAUCCGCUGGCUGCCGACAUGGUGCACACGUUCUUUUUUUCAUGCGCCGGCUGCUGGCGCCUUAA